AGGUGUACUGGGACUAACAGGAUUAUACGGAGCAGUAUUCUUUGUUGUAGCUGUAACUGCAUUUUGGUUUAUGCUAUUGUUUAAAGCUGGUAUCGAUUCCUGGAAGAAAUAUUUUAUAUCUCGAAACUCCCUACUAUUGAAUGGGAUUUUUGGACAUUUCUUCACAUACAUUCUGUGCUGGACUUUCAUUUAUGGAAUGGUGCAUGUUUAUUAAAUUAAUUUACAAAAUAAGUGUUCUAGAGUUAGUACUACAAUUAUCGUGGGGAAGGUUAGGGUAAGAUGGCAGAUGAAAGAAAUUUUCGCUCGGCUUACUACGAGAAAGUAGGAUUUAGGAGUGUAGAAGAAAAAAAAUCACUGGAAAUUUUGUUGAAGGAGAAACCUCUGGAUCGUGGAAAACUGAGGCAGUUCUGUGUAAGAUUUUCUGUGCCAGCUACUUAUAGAAAUCUAGUAUGGAAACUGCUUCUAGGUGUUAUUCCAGUCCAUAUAGACAGCCACAACUUCAUAAUGGACCAAAGAAAACAAGAAUACCAUGAAUUACACAGAGCUCUAACUGUAAUGAGAGUAAUUGACACAAACACUCCAAAACCCCAAGUAUUUUUAGCCAUGUGGCUACUACAAACUGGCAAUUUCACCAUUGAUACUAGUCUGGCCACUGAAAGAGGAUUUACUAACAUAGUUCAGUCCUUCAUGCAAUUUUUCGAAGAUGAUGCAGAUGUCUUUUGGUUAUCUAGAAAUUUUUAUGAGAAUGUCAAAAAGUUUGAUGCUGAUUUAGGGAAAGUCGUGGAGAAAACUUACGUGAUACUGGAGAAAGAAGAUGCUGCAUAUUACAAGCAUUUAAGUAAAACUGGAGUGUUGGACAAUUUACCAUUAGCUAAAUGGUUUGAUUGCUGUUUCGCUGGAAUAUUGUAUAAAUCUGCUCUUGAAAGAAUUUGGGAUAAAUUAUGUGGCGGUUCUUACAAGAUUCUCGCAUUUGUAGCUGUAGUUGUCUUAACAACUUUAAAGGCUCGAAUCAUGAAAUGUAACAACAUUUCUGCUGUUUUGCAGAUCAUAAAAAAUAUAAGUGAAGAAACUGCGGAUGUGAUAGCAAAUAAAUCCAUAGAAAUGUGGCAGCAAUAUGGAACUCCUCUGACUGUACACGACAAACCAAAACCAUAAGUCAUUCUAGUUUUACUGUUAUUCAUGAUUAGAUAGUAACAUAUUAUGCACAUGUCAUUUUUAUUAUGAAUACAAUUUCUUUCAAAUCA